CGAGCUACUCGACGAUUACAUUUUGACUUCCACUUGCAGCAAACCGCGAAAGACCUAAUGAAAAAAACAAACGGUAGGUUUCCUUUAAUACUCCCGAUUUUUUCUUGGAAAGUAAGCGAAUAAUUAAGACUUUGUUGUGCUUCAUUUCACAACGCAAAUUAAAGGGACUGUCCUGCCCUGGCCUGGCGUAGACCCGAUCCUCAGUGUGAUCGUCAAUCUGAUCGUGAGACUCGGAACGGGAUACAGUAAUACGCAACAACUGAGCUAUUUACAAUGAAGAUGACGCAGCAGGACAUGGACUUAUGCAAGGGACUCAUCAAGAGCUUGAAAUCUGGAAAAUAUUCAAAUUUUAACGCCUUGUUUCUGAAUCCUUUCGACUUGAGCCAUACGCCUGGAUAUUUGGAUGUCUGCGGACGCGUUAUGGACUUGUCUACGCUCUCCCAAAAUAUUGAGAACGGAUUCUAUUCUAGCAGAAACCAAGUCUACGAGGAUUGUAAUUUGAUCUUCGAAAAUGCCAUAAGGUACCAUAGCGACAAGGACACGACAAAAUGGAUCAUAAAACCCGCCCAGCAAAUGCUUAAGAUUGCCAAGAGGGAGCAACAAAAGAUUGAAAAGAAAGUCGUCUCUUCUGGAGGAACAGCGACAUCGCUUCCCAAAAUCAAGCUAAAACUUGGAGCAUCUGGUGGUGAUAAGCCAAAGAUCAAAAUCAAGCAGCCCGCCGCUCGGGCAACGGGGGCUACGAUCUCGAGGGGCAAAACUCCUCCGACUGGAGCAGUGGGCGUGGCAUCUCGGGGAAAGACAUCUCCCACAUCUGCGACAGCAGGUUCGUCAUCAUCACCAUCGGUCAAAGCUCCGCUGAACAAAAAGCCACGAUUGACGCUGAAACUUGGCCUGGGGAAAUCAAAAACAACCAGUGAAAGCAGCAGCAAAAACACUCAGAAAGCUGUCGUUCCUGCUUCGGUCACAACCACCAAAAAAAGCAAUGCGUCUCCAAAAAUAUCGCUCAAGACAUCGGCGGGGUCGGGAGGAUCUCGUGGAAAAGAAUUGCCCAAGGGCGUCACUCAACCUUCGACGGGCAAGGCCUUACCCAAGGGUGUGACAGUUCCUUCUACGGCAGAAACGAAUAACAAAGCKGCCACCGGCACUUCUAGCGGUAGUUACAAAGUUACAAAAGCGACGAAGACUUCUGGCAGCAAACCAACUGGCGCAAAGGCAUCGAUACAGAAAGCGACCACUCCCAAAUCUACCAUCAGGGCGACUGCAGCCACAACAAGCAGUAAUAAGCCUAAGACUUCGACGACCAAGGGGAAACCGAAGGGUUCCAAAGCCAAGUCCGUGAACAAAAAGGAGAAAAACAAGUUCACUCUCAAAGCAUCGUCCGCCUACAAGGCCACUGCUGGGGGCCUCCCAAUGACACCUAGUCGGAAGGCCCAGUGUUACAAAAUCUUAAAUGGCAUCAAGCGACGCAAGGCGAAGAACAUUGUUUGGUUCGAAAAACCAGUUUCGGACAAGAAACUCAUACAAGACUACAAGGCCAAAAUCAAAUAUCCAAUGGAUUUGUCGACUAUGCAGACCAAGCUUGACAACACCACCUUUGGUCCUGGUGGCACAUCGAAUACCAGCAGUAGCAAAGGUUAUACUACGGUGGCAGCAUUUGUUUGGGAUUUGCGGAGGAUUUUUGGAAAUUGCCUCCGGUACAACACCACCAAUGGGAAGGAUAGUCUCCGGCCGAUUGCCGUAGAGACGCUGGAUGCUGCUGACCAGCUCUGUACUUUUUUCUUGGCGAAACACGAGUACGCACAGAAUGCAACUGCAGCUAGCGCAACUCCAUUAUACCCACCUCUAUUAUUUUGUUGGAAGCUGUGUGUGAAUGUCAUCGAUACGUUGUACAAUCUGACCAAUCCGCAAGAUGGGAACCCUACGGCAUAUUACUUCAUGCAUCCUGUAUCCUUUUUUUUCGGCGGCACUCUUCCAGUCGAUUACCUUCACAAAGCACCCAACCCCAUGGAUUUCGGGACGGUCACAUCUCAACUGAUGGAGGGACAGUACACGACACUGGAUCAGUUUGAGAGCGACUGUAAAUUAGUCAUUUCAAACUGUAUGGCGUAUUACGGAGAAAAGACGGAAUCAAAAAGUUUUUGCGACCAAGCCCAACGACUCAAUCAAGUUCUACAACAGCAAUUGGAUGCACUCAAUCGUUACGUGAAAUCGUCCGCGGGCCUCGCUGCUGCCAAUAAGGCCAAGUUGGGUGUUUCGACGGCCACACUGCUUCCCAAGCCACCCAUGUCGUUGUUGCUCAAGAUCUUGGCAGACUUGAGAGAACAAAAAUAUACAGAUAAGGCCACGAAAAUUACCGAACCGGCGAUGGCAAACUUUGAAAAACCCGUUUCGGUAGCUGUCAUUCCUGACUACAUGCAAUAUGUCCAGUCACCCAUGGACCUGCAAACUGUUGAUCGCAAAAUCAGAAACGUACAAUAUACCACCCCUGAAGAUUUCGAAUACGACAUGGUUCUUAUGUUUCAGAAUUGCAUAACCUACAACAGUGCCCGAAAAAUGGACCACCUGGUGGCCCUUGGAAGAUUUGGCCUUAAAUCCUUUCGACGUAUUUUCAGCACUCGUAUGAAGGUGCUGGACGACCCUUCGUCUGCCAAGCCGACGCCUGUUCUUGGAAUGUCAGGAAGUAGCGGAUCAUCAAGCAUUCGCAAAGACCCGCCUACCGUUGGAAUAGGUCAGGGUCCCAGCAAAAAGAUAAAACUCUCCACAUCCGGUAGCGGCAAGGCCGCGCCCCGAAUUUCUCUCAGCGCCGCUACUCUUUCUGAAGCACAAAAGGCGGCCGCCAAGUCGAAGUCAAAUAACAGCAUCAAGCUUUCGACGAACAAGGCAAAAUCGAACCAGCCGGUGCCGCUACACAUUGCUAUUGCUCAAGUUAAGGAGCGAUUUCCCCUACGUCGAGACGUGAAGACUUUGCAAAGUUGGGAGGCGAGUUGUGCUCGUUUUUUCAAGGAGUUGAAGCGGCAUCCAUGGAUCUCGGCGGCCCGACCCAAGUUCGUCUUCAACGUUCCUGUCCCCGUAUUAUUCCCUGUGAGUUUAUAGUUUUGCUCUUCUAUGCUUUCGGUUGUUCCCUUUGUCCUGUUCAUCGAUCUUUUGAUUGUUGUGAAGUUUUUAGUGCGCCCAAGCUAAUUUCUCGCAAAUAAUGGAUUUUCACAUAUUUUACCACAGGGACUUCGGGAAGCAUAUGGCAUGAAAAUCAAGAAACCAAUGGAUUUGACCACAGCAGAAUGUACAUUAUUAGCUGGCAAUCGUUACACAGCGCCUGAAGACUUUGUUAACGAUGUCGCUCUUGUCUUUGCCAAUGCCAUCUGCUUUAAUAAAGAUGCACGAGACGUAGGAGAUCCUCUGUCUUGUGCCUACUAUGAUGCAUCGAUCCAUUUACUCAAGUAUACCAGAUGGCUUUCAUUAGAGAUUUUGACCGAACAUUUCGAGGACGAUGAAUACAUCGACGAACCGGAAGACGAUGGUUUGCCGUUAAAAUCCUGGAAACUUACCAAGGGAAAUCAGAAAAUGUCUCGAAGCGAAAUGGAGAAAAUAGUCCUGAACGAGCCACUAGAAAAGAGUCUUGAGGGCGAUAGAUUCACGUGGAUGGAGGCAGAAUGUGAAAAGUUAUUGAAAGCUUUGCGGCAUCAAUCAGAUAACAAAUAUAUGACGUUCUUUGUGCAUGGGGAUAACUUCCCACCGGAUUACUCGGCAUUCAUUUCUAGGUAAGACUUCUACUCCUUUUUCAACGCUUUUUGUUUGGAGCUUGCUUCACGAUUCCCAGAUCGAAAUUGAACUCAUAAAAUCAAUUGACCCUCUUCUUCCGUGAUUGGCAUUGUAGACCAAUGUACUGGGAAAAGGUACAGAAAACUCUAAAGAAGCGAAAUUAUGAUACGUUCAGAGGCAUUAUCGAAGAUUUGCGCCUGAUAUUUACGAAUGCCCUGAAGUACAACGCGAAGUACAAAAACGAAACCGAAACAGUCUCGGGGAAGGCUUUCGAGGGUGCCAGGGUAAUGUCAAAAAAGCUAGAAAUUGCUAUUAACAAGCUCAUGGUUACUGUGAGCGACCGCGUUGAACGCGAGCGCAUCGACCAUAAUAAUGCUGAACGGGAAAUCGAGGCAGAAGAGCGAAGGGAACGAGAACGCAUUCGUGCCCAGUGGAAGUCCGAGUCAGCUGGAGAGGCAAGCCGGGAUCCAGUCAAGGUGGAAGGAAGUCUUCGGGUGCGUUCAAGUAUUCGGCUCUCUAUCAAUCGACGCCAGUCCGACACGGACUUUGAGGUUCCGUUUUUUGAAGAAGAAUAUGAUGGCCAGCACGAUCAAUCACUUGCAGAAGUCAUGAAAGAGCACAAGGCCACUUUUGAACGACAACGGAACGAGCUGGUAACGAUGCAGAAGUCGACUCAGGUUAUCGGCCAGAGUGUCUAUAAUCGCAUGUUACAAUCGGCACGGGCACGAGAAUGGAUUUCUGACGAACAGUCUAGACUCGGCAUAAUGCAUUCGACACCGAUGGUAGCAACUGCAAAGCAAGCGCCAGCUGCAGCGAUAACAAGUCCGGUCGACGCGGCUUCUGUGCCAGAGCCUUCUUCGGUUUCUGCAAUGCUUAGCGAAAAUGAUCGAGAUAUAUUAACUAUCAAACUAACUUCGAAGGCGAUUAGCAAACAAAAGAAGAAGAUGGCGAGAAAACGAAAGCGAGCAGCUAUGAUGGAUUGGGGAGACGAUGACGAAUAACAAUGCAGUAAUAAACACAGAUUAAUAUU